AUGGCAGAUACAAAUGAAGAUAUGGAUGUCAUGAAUGAAGAUGAUAUGGAUGAUGAAGAAUUUUUUGAAGCUAUAAAGGGUAUCUUGAUGGCAAUACAAGCAAUUAUCCAUCUGGAUUGUAUGGGAGCGAUUGAUGGGACACAUAUUCCAGCAAUGGUGAAAGGACCUGAGAUAAGCGCAUACCCAAACCGAUAUGGAAAAACAUCACAAAAUGUAUUGGCUGCUACUAACUUUGACUUGGAAUUCAUUUAUGUGCUCAGUGGGUGGGAAGGUUCAGCUCAUGAUUCAAGAGUACUAAAUGAUGCAUUGACAAGGAGAAAUUGGCUUAAGUUACCUCCAGGUAAAUUUUUAUUGGUGGAUGCUGGAUUUGCAAAUAGAAGUGGUUUCUUAGCACCUAUUAGAGGCGUCCGCUAUCAUCUCAAAGAGUUCAGUGGUCAGGGUUGCCACCCUGAAAAUGCGCGUGAUUUAUUCAAUCUUCGUCAUGCUUCCUUGAGAAACGUAGUUGAGAGAAUAUUUGGAGUACUUGAAUCCCGUUUCACAAUAUUCAAGACUGCACCUCUAUUCCCAUUUAAGACACAAGCGGAGCUAAUGUUGGCUUGUGCAGGACUUCACAACUUUCUUCGUAAGGAAUGUCGUUCUGAUUUAUUUCCUGUUGAACCGGAGGAUGAAGAAGAUUCUGAACAUGAAGAAGAUCCGGAAGAUGAAUUCCAAACCCAAGACCAACAAAGAGAGGAAGCUAAUGAUUGGAGAAUGGAGAUGGCUAAUCAUAUGUGGAGAGAUGCAAGACCUGCACCUGAUCCUGAACCCAAUCCUCCACCCGUUGUUGAAGGCAACAAUGCAGCAGAACAAUCAUGA